UUGGAAUCACCGGGUCGUUCCACUUUUGCCCUUGGACAUCGCCACAACGAUAGAUCGGGACGUUCGGUAGAGGUUGUCUACCUGUACGCUCAUCUAGCAUCUAGCACUUGGUGGACCUACAGCUGGGUAGCAAUCUCGUCGAUCGUCGAUUGGCACGGAACCCCCGCGAUUUAGCAGACGCGCCCCCGGGAUCGCUCGCUCGUAUUUCUUUUGUGCGCACCUCCAUUCAAAAGCAAUCACAUCACGUUUUAUUCUCCGGAUCAACAUCAUCGACAUCAACAACGAUCGCCUCGACUCCAUAGGUUGCAUCUCGUCUGUCUCUUUAGCAACACCCUGCCUACCGACCUCAGAUCGAGGCAUCGAGGAGGAUCUCUAGGAUGAUUCGCCAGCUAUUGCGUGCAGUCGCCGCGCCGGCAGCAGCCGCGCCCAUAGAGGCCAUCACCACCUUUUUCGUGCUCGUCACCUUGGUCUACUUUCAGCUAUUGCACGCUAUCGAGGGUAGCGAAUUCUUUACGCUCCCGGACCAUUCGGCAACACCGGCCGUCCCAUCGACUUAUUACGUCCCCACAUUACACCUCUCUACUCCCUCUAAUCCCGCAAACAAAUGGACCCAGAUCUCGGACCUGGACAACUCGGACAUCUUCUCACCGUCUUCUCCUCUUAGCGGGUUGAAGAACGUCUUGGUGCAACGCUUCAUCGUCGCCGGCGGCUCAAACACCGAGUCGGCGAGUCUGGAUGAAAAGCUCAAAGCGCUCAGGUUGAUCGUGGACGUCAAGGAAGGGACGACGGUGGGGUACGAAGAUGUCUGUUACAAAUCACCUACUUCUUCUUCUUCGGACUGCCUGGACGUGCCUGUGGAAACGACCUCUACCCAUUCCUCGGCCUCGACGGCAGAAUCAGAAGAUGUUGUCGUCACCUUCCUCCUACGCGAUGAUACCCUCGGUCGGAAAUACCUGGAUACGCUCAGAGAGCUGCAACACGUUACCCUUGGCGUGGACGCUACGAACUCGAUAGUCCUCUCCGUCAUCCCUCUGUCGACGGGUAUGUUCUCGUCGCCAUCGGCAUCAUCGUCAUCGGUCUUGUCCUCGGGACUAGGUGCCGGGAGGUCGGAGGAACGACUAGGAGGAGAAUCAGUCUUCAGUCUUUACCCGUACUCCAGCUUGUCGAUCUUUACGAGGACGAACAACGACGUCUUUACGCCUUCCCAGCGCAGAGCUUAUCGUCAACAACAACAGCAACAACAUCACGCUCAUCUUCCUUUCCCCUCGUCCUCCUCUUCGGCGCAGGAACACGGGUCGGGUCUCCCUGUGACGCCUUCCAACUCCGCUUCGCACAUCCCGGGAACGGAGACCAACCCGGCGAGGCACAUCAAGUUCCUAGCCUAUGCGCUGAGGGCGCUGGUCACCCGAUUCUGGAUGUUGGCCAAGAAUGCCGAUUCUGCCGACAUCUUUGUCGUGCUUUUGGGCUAUGUGUUGAUGCACUUCACGUUUGUGAGGUUGUUCCUCAACAUGCGAAAGAUGGGGAGUAGUUUCUGGUUGCCCUCGGCCACACUGAUCUCGUCCACCUUUGGGUUCCUCUUGGCGAUAUUCUCGGCCUACCUCCUCAGCUUCCCCGUCGACCUGAUCUCGCUCUCGGAAGCCUUGCCCUUCUUGGUCAUUACCGUCGGGUUCGACAAGCCCUUCCUCCUCGCCCGAGCCGUAUUCAACAAUCCAGAAAUCGCACCCGUACGUGCACCUCUAGCCGCGCCCGUCCCGGAUUUGAGCGGGGAAAAGUUCAUCGCCAAAGCCAAGGCUGCUCUGGAGAAGAAGGAACGAGCCAGGAAGUCGGGAGCGCAUUCACAACAGGAUGGAACUGAUCACGACGAGACGACGCCCCAGCCCAACGGGUUUGCCAACGACCUCGACCUGUCGGCGCUCGAUCGAGAGUUGGCCGUACACGCGAGGAUCCAACGAGAGAUCGCCGAGGCCAAGGAUCGCAGCAUUCGAUGGGCUGCACCAAUCGGAGCCAAGUUUAUCGUCAUCGAUGCCGUGAAGAAGGUCGGUACGGGGAUCGUCAGAGACUACGCUAUCGAGGUUGCCGUACUCUGUCUUGGUGGGGCCAGCGGGAUUGGAGGAUUGAAAGAGUUCUGUCACCUCGCCGCUUUGAUUCUGGUCAUGGACUGCGUGUGCUUGUUCACGUUCUAUAUCGCCAUCCUCACCGUCAUGGUGGAGGUUCACAGGAUCAAAAUUGCCAGGAAACUCACCCCGUCAACCACCAACCGACGAGGAUCCUUGUUCGACGCACCGACUAGCUCGGUCACCCCGUCGUCUUCGUCCGGACUAAUCCCCGUCUCCCCUGUCAAGGAGGACACUGCGUCGUCGGCCUCUUCUUCUCCGACGUCGUUGUUGUUCAGGCCUAGCGAAUGGAAGAACGCGUUGAUCGGUCAAAAGGGAUCCAACUUGAACGAAAAUGUCAGCGAUCUAGCGAAAAAGAGGAGUCCCGCCGGAAAGCUCAAGUUGACCUUGAUUGUCGCCUUCCUUGUGCUCCAUGUCGCCAACCUGUGUACUCCGCUCGCCGAACAUACCGCGGUCAAGCGCAACGUCGCCCCGACUGGGCCUCUGCCGGUCAACAAGGAUCUCGCCUGGGUGCAGAAGCACGGUUCGAUCUUUGGCGUCGACGCUAAGGUUACCCUCGAGAUCCUGCCUGCCAUUCACGCCAUCGCCCUUGCCUCGAACCCGACGUUGCAAUCCGUCGACAUCGGGACUGGUCUUCCGCUCGAGUUCAACCGAAGCAAGGGAAUGGCUUCGCUCGAUCACUUCAUGUCAGGCUGGACCAGUCUCGUUGGUGACCCUGUGCUGAGCAAGUGGAUCGUGGUCGCCUUGUUCGUCAGCAUCUUGCUCAACGGUUACCUGAUGAAGGGUAUAGCUAGCGGUUCCGCACCGAGUCAAUCGACCGGGCCCGUCGCCGUCGCUGCAGCUGCUGCCAGGCUCGUCGGCGCCGGUGGUGUCUGGGACCCAACCUCGAUGAACCGAGACUCUUUGAGGAACCGUCGUCGAUGGAGCGGUGGCAUUCAACUCGAACGCUUCAGCAACACCCGUCAGACCGAUUCUGACGAGGAAGGUGGAGCUUCGCAUCAGCACAAGCUCGAUCAUAUCAAGCACGCCGAUCCCGUCACUCACAAAUCUCGCGGAGCGUCCGCCGGUUCGACACCGGUACCCAAGACCGGAAAGACUGGAGACGACAUCCGAUCGGGCGAGGCAACUCCUCGAUCUGACGGUGGCAAACCUAGACCUGAUCCCAAGGCCGAAGUCGGUCGUCUCGUUGUUAACGAUACUCCCCGCGUCCCGUACCCUACUACUAUCAUCACCAACACGGACGCCGACGAUGACGAUGACAAUUCUUCUAUAGAGCUCCGCUCGACGCACAUUGGCCGACGAAGCUUGGAAGAGUGUUGGGAGAUUUACGCCGGCGGAUUGGGUGCUUUCGAUUUGUCUGACGAAGAGGUCAUCUUGCUCGUCGAAAAGGGCAAGAUUCCCGGAUACGGACUUGAAAAGGGUCUCAAGGAUCUUGAACGUGCUGUUAAGAUUCGACGAGCGGUCAUGUCGCGUGCGUCCGUGACGAGAACGCUCGAGGCGUCUGACCUUCCCAUGGCCAACUAUGACUACAGCCGCAUCAUCGGUGCUUGUUGCGAGAACGUCGUCGGAUAUAUGCCGAUCCCUGUCGGAAUUGCUGGACCCCUCAACAUCGACGGCAUCUCGACCCACAUCCCGAUGGCUACUACCGAGGGGACCUUGGUAGCUUCGACUUCUCGAGGCUGCAAGGCCCUCAAUUCGGGUGGAGGUGUCACGACCGUCUUGCACAAGGAUGGAAUGACCCGUGGACCUGCAGUGGAAUUCGGUAGUUUGCAAGAGGCGGCCUCGGCCAAGAUUUGGAUCGAAGAGGGCGACGGUUUCAAGGUUCUCAAGGCCGCUUUCGAGUCGACUUCGCGUUUCGCCAAGUUGAUCUCGCUCAAGUGUGCCUUGGCCGGUCGAACGCUUUACAUCCGAUUCACCCUGAGGACCGGAGAUGCGAUGGGCAUGAACAUGGCUGGAAAGGCUUCGAACGCUUCCUUAGACGCGCUUUGCGAGCAGUUCCCGACAGCCAAGAUCUUGGCCUUGUCUGGAAACUACUGUACCGACAAGAAGCCUGCAGCUAUCAAUUGGAUCGAAGGCCGAGGCAAGAGCGUGGUUGCCGAGGCCAUCAUUCCCGGUAGCGUUGUCAAGUCGGUUCUGAAGACCGAUGUCAAGACUCUCGUCAACCUGAACUGGAAGAAGAAUCUGAUGGGUUCCGCUAUGGCUGGAUCUAUCGGAGGGUUCAACGCGCACGCCAGCAACAUCCUUACGGCGAUGUUCUUGGCCACCGGUCAGGAUCCGGCUCAGAACGUCGAGAGUUCCAUGUGCAUGACCUUGAUGGAAGCCGUCAACGACGAUCAAGACUUGAUGAUCAGCUGCUCGAUGCCUUGUAUCGAAGUCGGUACCGUUGGAGGCGGAACCAUCCUUGGACCUCAGUUCGCCAUGCUCGAAUUCUUGGGCGUGGCGGGUGCACACCCUACCGAACCGGGUGCCAACGCUCGUCGUCUGGCCAGGAUUAUCUGCGCCGCCGUCAUGGCAGGAGAAUUGAGUCUGAUGUCGGCGCUCGCAGCGAACCAGUUGAUCUCGGCACAUCUCAAGUUCAACCGAAGUACCGCUGCGACACCCGUCUCGCAUACCCCUGGUGCGAUGACUCCAGCCCUUACACCUCUCAAAAAGGCUUCUGCGACGCUUGCACCCAUGUCUACAUGAGCGGAUGGGAGCGAGCAUCGAUGGGCACACCAAAAAAAAAAACGGCAAUCCGACGGACUUGUGGUCACCAGGAUUUUCCACUUUCUAUCCUCAUCUUCGAUUUGCGCUCUAUUCUUCCCCUCACGCAUAUCCGCACACAUGGCAUGGCACAUACAACCUUGCAUAUCCGCAGCUCUUCUCUCUCCCACACAAACACGACGCAUGGAUAGUCUCACAGGCAUAUGUUACCGAUACCUUCUUCUCGACGUGUAUAUACGACGUUCCACGAGCGUGCGCUCCAGGCGCUUUGUAUUGAAUAUGUCAUCUUAAUCUCACGGGUCAUUCUGGA